CAUAGACCUUAUACUCAAGGUACAAGGUCUAUGUAUUUAUCAGAAUGAAUAGUGAAUAGUAAACACACGUGGUUUAUGCUUGGAAGUUAUAAUGCUUAUCAGUUAUCACUUGCAAAUUUAAAAUUUCCAAAUACCUAUCUAUAUUACAUUUUUAAAUAUUUUUUGUAAUUAUUGAACAAAUCGACUUUUUACUUUAAGAUAUAUGUACAGGUUUUCGUUGUUACAAUGACUUUACAUUUUAUAACAGAGACCGAUUCGUCAGAUUCGAGUUCAGAUGGCGAAGAAACUUCAGGUCAUUCAAGUUUUAAUGAAGAAGACAGUUCGGAAGAAGAUGAAGUUAUUGAUAUUUAUGAACAACCAGUAUUUGAUAGCUCUAAAGAAAUAAAUUAUAAAAUUAAAUAUAAACAAACUUUUGAAGAAGUUCUCAGUUCAAAUGAUGUCUAUGUUUUGAAUUUGGAUGCACAAAAAAUUGGACAAUCACUAAGAAUAGCAACAGCACUCUCCAAUUUUACUUGUAAUAUCUAUGAUAUUGAUGCUGGAUGUAAGUCGAUUAGAGAAUCCUUGGAGCAUGAAAAAAAAAUUGUUGAUGUCAAAUUUGGUUCAAGUAAUGGUCAGUUAUCUUCCAUCGUGUACACAGGAUCUGAAGAUGGAACUAUUAAACUUUGGGAUUUGCGUUUGAAAGAAAAAUGUGUUUCUGUCUUUAAAGAUGAUACUGAUACUGAACUGAAACCAUUGUCAUGUUUUGAUGUAUCUUGUGAUGGAAGAUUCUUAGUCGCUGGAACAGAAGUGUUUAAAGAUGAUGCUUUCUUAUUAUUUUGGGAUAUUCGUACAACUAACUUACUUGGUGGUUAUUGGGAUACUCACCGAGAAGACAUUACACAGGUUAAAUUUCAUCCCACUGAAGACAAAACUGUGAUUAGUGGAUCUACUGAUGGUAUAAUAAACUUAUUUGAUGUUACUCAAACCACUGAGCAAGAUGCUCUUCAAUUAAGUUUUAAUACAAACUCAUCUGUUGCAAACUUAAGAUGGUUUAAAAAUAAAAAUGAUGAUUCAAUCAUAUCUUGUGUUACACAUACAGAGGAUGUUCAACUAUGGCACACAACAGAUUCUACUCCAUAUAGUAUUAUUCCCAGGGAUACAAUUAGUAAUUCAAUGAAUGUAAAACCUGAUAUAUUUAGUCAGAUAAUCAAUUGUCAUCAAACAGAUGAAAAUGGAAAUAUUAUGUUGCUAGUUGGAAAUGAUAAUAGCAGAGGAGAACAUUUGCAGUCACUUGAUAUAAUAAAUGAUGGUCCUGAAUUGUCACCUAGAAGUUUGUUCAAAAAUAAUAAACAAAUUGUUAGAUGCAGUUGGUAUGAUUAUAAUUAUGGUAUAAUGGUUACUGGCGGUGAAGCUGGUAUACUAAAUGUGUGGGUUCCAAGUGAUGAAAAUAAUUCAGUUGACAAUACUGGGAAAUGCCUGUUCAAAGAAUUACCAAAAGUAAGCCUGAAAAACCAUUCUUCUAAACCAUAUUAAUUUGGUUACAGGAAUUUUUAAUUUUAGAUUAUUAAAAAGAAUGUCUUCUAUGUUAAAAUAAACAGUAUGAUCUAUAAAA